AUCCAUUAACAAAGUGGGGUAAAUAAUACUAUAAUAUACUACAGUGCAUUGCAGUUUACCAAUUACUAAGGGAUACAUUUAGUCGUAUAUCAAUUUCCUACAGUUAACACUACAGAAUGCAUUAACAAAGUUGCACUAAAAAUUAAUGUAUACAUUAUACAGCAGUAGUGUACAUGAACAAAGUGAAGUAAUUACUGUAGCAUCCUUCAGCAUCUACUCCAGUGUACUUUAGUAAAUACUUAAGGAUACUUCAAAAUUUUUCAUCUGAGUAUACAGGUAAAUUUUGCUUGCUUUACUUUUCUGUCCCUUGAAAUGAACCCAUUUAAGUCAACUGUCAAUUCCAACAAAGUACAAUGUCCUGCCAUCACUUUAUCAUGGCACCAGCAGUCUUUGUCCAGUGUGUAAUGUUUGUUUGCUGGUUUCUAAGGGGAGGAGCAAGUAUUCUUCUCACUUCUCCAGCGCUCCACGCGCGCUCCAUAUUCCUCAUCCUCCCCGCUGACGUCCCACUUCCGCAUUCCUCGAUCCUCCCGAUCAAGGAUCAGAUGCAACGCUUCCCGCUCUUCAAGAUCUACUCGCGACCUCGGCCUGACGUCAGAAAGGGACUCCAUCCGCUCGCCACGGGACCCGAGUCAGGUGUGGUGACGGGUGUGUGUGACAUGAUGCCCGGGCAGAUUCCUGACCCCUCAGUGACCGCCGCCUCACUGGCCAGCCUGGGACCUCUGGCGGGCAUUUCUGCCACCACAUUAACUGACCAGCUGAAAUAUGCCGACCUCUGCAACCUCGGAGCCAUGCUGUCCCCUUUUCAUCUUCUUGGCAAACUGAAACGACCGCUGCCCAUUAAAGCUGAGAGAGAUGAAGAGGAAGAACGCAGGAAAAGAAGAAGAGAGAAAAACAAAGUGGCAGCGGCAAGAUGUCGAAAUAAAAAGAAAGAGAGAACAGAAUAUUUACAAAAGGAAUCGGAACGCCUGGAAAUGAUGAACUCAGACCUGAAAGCACAGAUUGAAGAGCUGAAACAUGAACGGCAGCAGCUUAUCCUCAUGCUCAACCGUCAUCGGCCCACCUGCAUCGUGAGGACAGACAGCGUCAAGACCCCUGAAAAGGAGAGCAACCCUCUCCUGGAGCAGCUGGAAGUCAAAUGAGAACCAUCCACACACACAAUUCCACAUUACUGUUUACAGGUGAGCUCAUUGCCAGCUAGCUCAAGCACUUGACUCGAAGCACUUGGACAUUUUAGGAAAGAGAGAGUGACUCCUCUCUGACCCAGGACAUUGGAAACUAAAAAUACACUCACGGCCUCAUUACAUUGGGCUGCAUGUCAGCAGUUACAAUACUUUUGUAGGAUUGUUUAUCUUGUUUUAUGUGCUGUCAUAAAGUGCCUUAUAUGUUUGUUCAUAAGUUCAUCUAGUUAAAAAAGAAUUUGAUCGCGGAUAAUGAAGAGGAUGGUUGGACGCGCCUGUUGUGGCUCAUCAUGAUAACUGAAUGAUGCUGCACAGACAUUCGUCAUUGUCAUGUUACUUCACUGUUUACUGCCUUCAGUUUUCUUUAUUAUUGUUUUUCUGACGCAGGCGUCAUGUAUGCACAUAUGUAUGAACUGUUUACAUCUUGCCAAUUUAUUAUAGUUAUAUACUAUAUAUAUGUUUUUUAUACUUCCUUGUACAUUACAUGGACUUAUCACUUGAUGUGAUACAUUGUAUGCAACACUUUCAUAACCCCUGUUGCUGUGAUUUACUCAGUUUGUUGUAUGGCUGUGAAAACUGCAAGCA